GGCCGGGAAGCGGAGCGGCGUCUCUCGGGUUCCGGAAAGUUGGGUGUGUGUGUUUAUUAUUGAUCCGCCCGCUGGCUGUCAUGGCCUCCCCGGCUGGGGACGGGGCUCUGAAGCCGCUGCAGAGAGCCAUGAAACUGGCCAAGGGAGCCAUCAAGCUGGACACCGGGAACCGGCACCGGGAGGCCUAUGUGGAGUACCUGAAGAGCGUCAGUUUUAUCUCCCAGUUCCUGGCGGAGGAGGCGGAGCAGAAAGGGGGUGAGUUUCUGAACUCCGACUCACACAAGAUGCUGAAAGUGGCGGAUCAAUGCCUGGAGAGGGCGCGGACGACAGCCGGUAAACUAGGUAAAGCUGAUGUAGAGUUGAUGACACCGAAGAAUCGUGUCUCGGAGGUCCCCGAUCCUCCAGCCACUCCCGAUGUUUCUGAUCCUGCCACAACUACCUCUGCGCCCUCCCGGGCUUCCAUGGGCCAGUCCUGGGGUCAUCGUAGGUCUUGCUCUGAUGAGGUCCAGAAACACGGAGGCUUUCCCUCCCCAGAGGUUUUUCAGAUGCUCAGAGCGGCCGAGGCUCAAAGCUCUAAAAAGGAGCUGACACCCCUGCAGGAAGCCUCCAUACAGAACCAGAAGCUCAGAGCUACAUACGAAGCCCGUCUCUCCAGACUGGACCCAAGGCAGGCCGCUCAGAAGACCUCCCUGACUUUGUCACUUCAGCGGCAGAUGAUGGAGAACCUGGAGAUUGCGAAGGCCAGGGAAGAGACUCUGCAGAGGAAGGCAGAGGAACGUAGGGUCAGACUGCAGGAGGAGUCAGACAGACGCUUCAAAAGUGAGCGCCUGACGCCGGCGCAGGAGGAGCAGAAGAGGCUGUAUACCGCAGUGCUGGAGUACGAGCAGGACCAUAGAUGGACAUGGAUCUGCAAGCAGAAGAUAAAGAGCAACACCAACGACCCAGGCCCCGUAUCCAACUACGUCUAUCAGAUAUUCAGCAUUCCGGAACAUCCGAUUGCCAGACUCGUCCGGCGUCUCCAGUGCCAGAUAUACACCCGCCUAUACCUGAUCAUCAGCAAAGACCCGUCUCGGGAAUCUUCAGCCUCCGAUAUCGGUCACCAGUCACUCCCUGUAGAACUCGUUUCCUUACUGGCCCCCGGGGGUCCUAAACUGAAAAGCUCUCAGAGUCUGCAUUGCCUCCCCAGCUGCUCCCCCCGGCCCUCCAUCCAGCACAGCCUCUCUAUAAGCGAGGAGCUGCAGAGCCUGGAGAAGAGUACAGAUUCCCGCAAUGACAGAGAGAUGGGCAGCAAGGACAUUGAGAGCUCCUUUGAGGACCUGGAACAUUUGUUGUCUCCUUCUUCCCUCUCCGGACCGGCGGCUCUGGAGAGAUUGUCCGCUUCGCAGUAUUUAAAUACGGUGGUGAAAGAGAUCCACAACGCCAGAGACUUGUUGGUGUCGUCCGCAGUGCUGUCUCUGGAUCUUCCCAUCACACCGCCGGUGAAAGAAGUGUGCCUGGAGUGUAUAGAUGAGAGCUUCUUUCCCCCUCUAUGGCCGGCACUACUGGCUCUCUACAGACAGGUCCUCUGUACACGGGAGGAAUCCCUUCUGCAGAUCAUGGAGUUAUACAGAACAGCGCCACCAUCUGUAGUAGGAGUGUCCAAACGCCUGUACCCUGAGGACGUCAAAGACCCAUACAGAUCAGCCGCAGAAGACUUGGAAGAAAUGACCAAUCAGCAAACUCCAAACAAGAAGCUGGAGUGUAUAGCGAGGACCCUGCGGGGGAUAUGCGAGUGUGCCGAUGACUAUUGUGCCACCCCCGGGGCUGCAUCUAUCGGCGCGGAUGACCUGUUGCCCAUCUUGGCCUUUGUGAUCCUGAGAAGCGGCAUGUCCCACUUGGUGUCGGAGUGCGCCGCGCUGGAGGAGUUCAUCUACGAGGGGUAUCUGAUCGGAGAAGAGGGAUAUUGUCUGACCUCCCUGCAGAGUGCGCUGGUUUAUCUGGAGACCCUUCCCAUCCCCCCAUCACCGCCUGCUAUCUGAGGGGCCAAUACGCUGCUUUUAUGUUUAUAAGGCGUCCCGAGGGCGGGGCCAAACCUUAUAUUGCACCUUAUUUAUAAUGUAAAUAUCGCCAACUGCAAACACUGGUCAAUCUUCUCCCCACUAAUGUGAACACUAUGGGGGGGGGGGGGGGUGUA